AUGCCGUCCCAAGAUCGGGACGUUUCUUCCCGCGAUCGGGAACUCGUCCGGCAUCAGGGCUCUCAUACUGACUCUGCUCGCCUCUCUGUUCCAAUGUACCAAAAACCCACCGUGAACGACUGGAAGAAGAUGCUAAAGCGUCGCUCGCGCAGGUGGGACAGUUCGGAUCCUGAGCGCGCUCCUCCGCCACUACCUUUAAAUCCUCGUUCAAUGAGCCCUGUGACAAAAUCCAAUGUGUCGCCCAAUGUUCAGGCUAUCGCAGCCAAAUUCACAGAUAAGUCGAGCGAGAACGCUCCGAGCUCCUACACAACAAACUCAAUGCCCAAGUCCGGUUCGCCUGAGCGACAGCUGGUCAAGGGCCAUUAUCAUAAGCGCAUGCAGUCUCUACCACCUGCAGACACCAAGGGUGAUGCUCGCUCAGAGUUUUUGAACUACCUCGAAAACCGAUCACCAGAGCGUCCUCUACGAGCCACAAUUGUCGACCCCGCCAGCAAGUUGCAGGACACAAACAAGUCCGCUGGCUCACCUCCAAGCCGUCCUGUUGAACGGGAGCUUCCCAGUUAUAUCUCAAACCGAUACUUGUCGAAGCCUAUUUUGGGCGAGAACACACCUCCUUCCGCCACAAUGUUAGCACUUCAAAAUAUGCAGCUACCAGAAAACGACCCUCCUUCCCCCUCGAAAGCCCCCAAAAUGAUCACCGCAUCUGCCGAGCCACCUCAAGCGGACCGCGCCACUCCCACGAUGGGUUCACUCGAAUCGCAAAUCCUGAGCCUGACCGAGAUCGCCAGCAGCUUACAGCGUGAGAUGUCCAAUCUCAGCCGACGAAGCAAGGACAAUGCCACCGAUCUUGUUAGCUUGAAAGCCGCAACGAAUGCCCGAGAUGAAGAUAUCAGGGUCAGCUUGAAGCAGCUGACUUCGAAUCUUACAUCAAAGUUGUUGGAUAAUGAUGGCCUAAGGUCUGAUCUCAAAGCUUUCCUGAAGCCUCGUGAAGGCAUUAACCCGAGUGAACCGGAUAGUCCCAACUCCAAAAGAAGCUACUCCCUACGAUCGAGAAUUCUGCGGCUCCCGGGACCAAUUUGCUCCGAUGGCUCUGCCAGCAUUGCCUUGCUCGAAAAGGUUCUUCGCGAGAUGGCCACAAAGGAGGGCGAGGAGAGACUUUUGGAACUUGUGGAUGAAAUUAAGACACGCCCAGCUUCAUCGGUCUCCGACAAGGAUGCCGAUAAGAAGGUCACCAAUAUGCUCGAGGAAAUCCUUAAUAUCGUCAAAGAGGACCCCUCUAGCAGAGCCCUUGUGCAUUCGAUGCAGGCCAUCAACAGCACUUCUCCGAACGAAGCCAACAUCCAAGGUACGCGGUCUCUGUCUGCGGGCUCUAUGGACCCCAGUGCUACCGUCCAAGCUCUGAAUUUCAACAAGAGCGACUUGAAUCGAUCGUCAUCGGGCGAGGAAGACAUGAUGGCUAUUCUGAGAAGCGUCAAGAACAGCGUCAUUGAGGGAGGUGGUAUGACGAAUGGCGUCAAGAGCCUUGUGCGUGAAUUGCGUGGCGAGGUACUCGGAAUGGGACGUGAGUUGGCCAGGAAGCUUGAGAACGUCGAAUCGAGCCGGGCUAUCGACGAUCAAGAGAAACCUCAGCCGCCAAGCGCGGAGCAAAUUUCCGACAUCGUCCACGAGAGUCUGCAAAGCCUCCAGGAGCAGCUGGCUGCUACGGUCGAAGAGAGUCGUCAGAACUCUUCCGCAUUGUCCGAUUUCCAAUCAACCAUGAGUCUCGCUUCUAUUUACUCUGUGGUCAAGAAAGCUCUUGAUGAGCUGGAGCUCCCCCAGCCCCAGGCGGCGGAGCCUCAUGGACCUGUAAUGGAGAAAGACGAUAUCCUCGAAACUGUUCGCGAGGCCUGGGAAACGUAUAAGCCCGAAAUCGAGCUCCAGAACUUCGGGCUGGAACGAGAUGAGAUCUUGGAUUGUUUGUCCGAGGGCCUUAGGGACUACCGUCCGCAGCAUGAGCAAUCCAUUACAUACGAUCAAGUUCUCGACGCGCCCUCCGCCUAUCGAACACCCUCCUCGAUCACUCGCGAUGAAAUUAUUUUGACCAUUCGCGAAUGUCUCGAGAAGCCGGAGCCCACCUCGCGAGGCUUGGAUGAAGAUCAUGCCAAUCACCUGAAUUCUAUGAAAGACGAGAUUCUGGGCGCCGUCGCUAUGCAUGCUGCAGAGAAGCCUGCUUCUCGUGGCUUUGACGAGGAACACUUCAACCAAUUCCAUGCUAUCAAAGACGAAAUUCUCCACGCCGUUGCGAUGCACGCUGCCGAGAGACCAGACUCACGCGGCUUGGACGAGGAGCAUGUCAAUCUUUUCCACUCCAUUAAAGACGAGAUCCUGGGCGCCGUGGCUAUGCAAGCUGUUGAGAAGCCAGCUUCCCGAGGUCUCGACGAGGAACAUAUGGACCACCUCAAUAACAUUCGUGACGAGAUUCUACAUGCCAUUUCGCAUCAUGCUGCCGAAAAGCCUGCUUCUCGAGGUCUCAAUGAUGAGCAUAUUGAACACCUCGACUCUCUCCGUGAUGAGAUCCUGAAUGCGGUGACUGGAUCCAUGGCCACUCAAAGCAUGAUCAGCAAGGAGUCUUUUGAUUCUGGCCUCGGCCGAGAUGAGAUCGUCAGCGCAGUCUCCGAUGGCCUGGAGGCCCAUUUCACAGCGUCCAAGGAGAUGGAAGAACCUCGCGUCUCUAGGGGGGAUGUGAUUAAUGCUGUGAAUGACGCCUUCGAUUCCCAGCAGGCGGCUCUUAGCACUGCCGUUCAACCCAGCAUCUCCCGUGAAGAUAUUGUCAGCGCCGUUGCCGACGGAAUUGAGCUUUCGCGCAAAGAUCAAGACACAGCAGUUGCCAAUAUCCAACCUUCUGUCUCGCGUGAAGAAAUUUUGGAAGCAAUCGCUGACGGCCUCAACAAUUCCAGCAAAGACCAGGACUCGGCGCUUGCGAAUCUCCAGCCUUCGCUUUCCCGAGAAGAGAUUCUUGAAGCGAUAUCCGAAGGCCUUCACAACUCGAGCGAGGCAGAUAAAUCCGCCCUUAGCGCCAGUGUCGGUCCUCAAAUCACCCGUGAAGAUGUCUUUCAAGCAGUUAUGGAGGGCAUGGAGAACGCCAAUACCAUGACUCGCGAGAUCGAACUUAACAAAGAUGAUCUGAUGGAGGCAAUUACUGCAGGACUCCAUGAAGUGAAUAGCUCCGCAAACGCAAAUGCCGGCGAACAGGUUAUGGACCGCUUGCAGGAUGUUGUUGAUGGUAUGAAGGAGGAGUUCAAGCAAUAUUCCGCUGCCAAUGACGCCAUCAAGGAUGGUCUUGAUGUGGUCCGAAAGGAGAUCGAAGCUCAUGUCGGAGCCGCUCAUGAUGAGGCCGGCAAGCUCGAGAUCAUCGACACCGUUAAGGAGGGCUUCCGACUCCUCCAAGCCGACAUGGAGAAGACAAUCACCGAGGCCUCCCUGUCUAAUGAGUCUCGCGGUAAUCCUGAUACACCGGAGCUCUUGGACGCCAUGGAGAAGGAAUUCGAACAUCUUCGUGGCACAAUUGUGAAUAUGGUUGUUCGGGAUACAACCGCAGGUGACAAGGACGAAAUACUGGACGCCAUCCGAGAACUCUCAGAUCAACACAAGGCAAAUGCUGGAAACCAUCAGAUCGCCAACAGUAUUCGCGAGGAAUUCGAAAACAUCCGGGAGCGUAUGGAUUCGAGUCUUGUUCGAGCAGAACCCAGCUCCGAUAAGGAGGAGAUCAUUGCCGCCGUCCGUGAGCACCUCGAGAGUAUCCGCGAAGAGACUCUUAACAGGAAGGAUGGAGGUGAGAGCAUGAUGUCUGCCACCAGUGAGCUGCUUGAUGCAUUUAAUGAUGGCAUCGACACCAUAAAGGACGACCUCAAGAAGCUCCUGGAGAAGCCCGCCGAGUUCGACACAGCUGAAGUCCUCGAUACCAUCAGAGACGGUCUUGCUGACCUCAAGCUUGAUAUUGACUCCAUUCGCCAAUCUCAGAAAGAAACCGACGAUGCCAGCACCGCUCGCGGUGGCGAGCUUACGCUUGCUGAUCAGCCAAACCUUGGCUCUGAUAUCGAAGGAUUGAAAACCCUCAUCACUCAACUUCAGGACAAGGUUGAAUCUCUUGACUCAACACCCCGGGCGGCCGAGGCGGAGCCGGCUGAAGAUGCGCUGAAGAGGGCUCAUCUUGAUGAGGUUCUUGUUGCUAUUCAGGAAGUCCAGGUCGUCAUUGCUGAGAUGAGCGCCGCCCGCGAUGCCCAAGAAGGACAAGUCCGCAAGGAGGAUAUCGAAGGCAUCGAACACCUCAUUAUGAGCACCAAAACCCAGAUCGAGGAGAUCGUUUUCCCCGCUCCGGAUCAAAUUGCUACAUCCGAGCAUAUCGGCACCCUCGAGACCAUGAUCCGAGAGGCCAAGGACACCAUUACUGAAUUGUCCUCUCGGAUGGAGGCCGAAGCACCUACAAAAUCUGACAUGGGUACUUUGGAGGGCUUGAUCAAGGAUGUUUGGAUUGCUUUGGACGAACUGAAAGGCAAGACUAAGGAAGGGGAGGAAGGAGAACGUGAAAUCGAAGAGAACGCCGACUCUGACAAGCUCCUUAAGUCUGACUUGCAGACCGUCGAAGCAAUGGUUUUCGAGGUCAAGUCACAAAUUGAUGAGCUGAAAAUCCCCAAUCCCGAGACUCUCCCGACCAAGGAAGAAGUCCAACACCUGCAGUCCCUCGUCACCGACUUCCAGGAGAAGAUGGAGGCGAACAAUGACAUGACUGCGCAAGGAUUUGAUGCUCGAAAGACUGAACACGCUGGCUUGUUUGAAAAGAUCGACGAGGCUAAGCUCGUUGUCGGUGAACUCGGCGAUGAGCUCAAGAGCAAGCUCGAUGGAAGCACCGAGGGUCUUACUGAGCUCAAGCAGCUCCUGGAAGGUCUUGCCCUAUCCGCAGAAAAUUUCAGCACUGUCGAAAGCAUCAAGGAGCUCACCGACCUCAUUAACCGGGAGUUUGAGCGUGCCCACGGCGAGGAGAAUGCCAGCAAGCUGGACAAGGAGGAGCGAGAUGCUGCGGCGAUGGUGAAGCAUGACGAAACUCGGGCUGCCAUUAUCGUGGAACUUGGUACCAAAAUUGACGAGAAGAUCGGAGAGGUUAUCGCCAAAUACGAAGAUGCUCAUAACUCUCUUCACUCGAAAUUCUCCGAGACCGAAGAGCGCGAUUUGGCCCAUGCCGAGGCUGUCACGAGCACGAGGUCUCUUGCUGAAGACAUCAAGCUAGUCAUCGGUGCUAUGGGAGACAAUGUCAACCAAACUUGCGAGAGCAUUGGCGAAGACACCAAGGCUCUCUUCGGCAAAGUCGAUGAGUCUUACAACAGAAUGGAGGAGAUGCACAAUGAAGUCAAGUCGCAACAAGAGCAGUCGCGGAAUGAAAACGAGAGAGCCGCUGCUGCCACUGAGCGGGUUGAGAGCAAGCUGCUCGAAUUUAACCCUCAGAUCCUCGAAACUGUUCAACAAAUUCUGACAGUCGUUAGCCAGCACUACGACCACUCGCAGAAAUCUGCCGACGAUUUCAGGACCGAGCUGUCUGCUCUACCGAACAAUAUCCCAAGUAUGCUUCCUGCUUUGAUGCCUCCUCCGGAGACUAGCCGCGACCUUGAGGAUGAUCCCGUACACGGCAAGCUGAAUGAUAUCCUCGAACACGCAAAGAACACCAAGGUCCACGAUGUCCUCAAUACCCUCCUGGAGCACUCAAAGAACGAUCAACUUCAUGAUAAGCUUGACCGAGCUUUGGACCAGAGUGCGGGCCCCAAGGAUGAGAUUUAUGCCAAGCUGGAUCAGCUUCUGGAUCACGCCGCCAACGACAACAGCUCACUGCAUGAGAAGCUGGAUGCCCUGCUCAGCCGACCGGAGCCCACUGCAUCUGACGAGCACUCUGUCACUCAGAUGAUGAAGCUUGACGAGAUGCACAAGGACAUCAUGGAGAAUACUCGCAAGAUGAACGAGAUGUUUGCUGCUCAGUCUGCUCUUGUAGCCGAGGACACCGAGCGAAAGCGACGGGAGGCUGAGGAUGCCGCAAUUGCUCUCGAACGAAGAGUGGCUCAGCGAGAACAAGUCGAGUCAGAGAUUGUCGGUCUCCAUGAGGAGAAGGAUUCACUACUGAAGAUGAUCCAGACACUGCAGGCGGAGAAGGAUGAUAUUGCUAAGCAGAACACGAAGCUGAGCAAGGAAGUAUCCGGUCUUGAAACCGCCCUUGAGAUUCGCCAUGAAGAAAUGCAACAAAUGGAGGACCGCGCAGAUGGUCUCGAGAAGCGCAUCUUGGAGGGUGUUCUGGAUCAUGCCCGCACUGUGUUGCUCAGCCGCUCCACUGGCAGCCAAAUGAACCUCAGACGUAACCGAAGUGCACGCAGCUCUCGCACCGGCGCACGUAGUCCUAGUAUGACUAGUGUCGCCUCUACAGCCCGAGAGUCAAAGGAUCCUCGCAGCCUACUCGGUAACGGCGUCGGCAUGGCCCUGAAGCGCGGCUUGUCAAACAACCUCAGUGCCGCAGCUGCCCCUGUUCAGCCAAACAUUGGCAAAGAGCGUCGCAUCCUCAGUUUGAGCCACGUUACAGGCAACCGAGGCGUGGACCGUCAAGCUAGUGGCAACGGCGGUCUCGCGAAUCUUAAGCGCAGCCAUUCAGUCAAAUCCAACUUUUCGCUACGCAAGUCUUCCUGGGCCGGACGGGUAUCUAUUGCCGACAAGGAGAACGAAGCCUUCCGUGAAGAGGAUGAGCCUGCCAGCGAUCCCGAGAGCGACACUGGAACUGAACGUCGGACCAGUUAUGCGGGUACGGAGCGCAAGUCUAGCUACGCCGGAACCGUCACCGACAGCGUGGUGACUGACGUGACUGAAAGUGUAGCCUCGACUGAUCGACGAACCAGUGGUAUGAGCAGUACGACUGAUGGUCACACUCAAGUCGCCGAAAGCUCAGUCGGUGGAGAUGAUGUCGAAGAGCAGUCCAACUAUGACGAGCAUGAUGAGUCCGACCGAGCAUCUGAGUCUGGAUCAGAGUCAGACGAUGCCCAGACUGCUCGAGGGGAUGAUGAUGAUGAUGAUGAAGAAGAAGAAGAUCCUAAGGAGGAGCUCAAUGAUGACGAGUUGCAGGAUCUCGUGGACAGAGAUAUCUCAGACACUGCUUCUCAGAUGGAAGCGCAGGUGUUAAAGCUGUUGGAGCCGCCCACUGAUAGUGGCCUAGGCACAGAGACUGCGCUUUCCACGUAA